GAACGGCUUAAAUGUCUCUGCGGCAGGGAUUUACACAGCAGAUGAAUCUCUCUGUGUGUGUGUGUGUGUGUGUGUGUGUGUGUGUGUGUGGUGUGUGUGUGUGGAGAGAGAAAUGAAAGUUGUUGGACCACCUGUCGUGACACCGCUGUCGGCACAGAGCUCACUUAAAAACCAGUGAUGAUUGCAUAAAACAAUAGAGCAGAAUGGUCCUGCAAUCCAGGAAGUAGACGCAGCCUUUUUAGGAACUAAGUAACACUAUAUAUGACACUGGAUGCUAUAUGUACUUCUUGAUCUGGGAAGAAGGUGUGUAUCUGCUCGCUGGUUUGAUACCAUCGGUGAGCAGUGGCUUAUGGGACGGCGUGUCGUGACCCAGUACAGGGCGUAGCCUCAGCGGGGGAGAUUUACCCGGCCCUUGGUCCUAAAUUAGCCACCACCUUGAAAGCCUUAAUGUCAUUAGCAUGACAUCGCUGACAUUUCCUGUAAAUGCACUCGGAGCAUCGACAUGUAACCGUACUCGCUCUCGUGCAGCUGGACUGGGCUUCAGAGGGAAUCCCUCGCAGGCUGACUCAGCAAUGGAUGCAGCCAUGAUCCAUUUUGGAUGCUUAAGCCGCAGGCUAGGGGGCGAGACCGCGUGUGUGGGGGGGGCGUGAGUCGACAUUUCUGAGCCACUAAAGAAGUUUCCCUUGAUGCUGCAUUCACUGAAAUGCAUCUAUCGACGUGGAGGCAUCAUCGUUACAAGACGCCGCUCUUUCUCCUCACUGAUCUCAGGCCUCGCCGCUCUGCAAAUCUGAGACGUUGGUAUCCACUUUUAACACACAGUCGGAUUCUCCAACCUCCCGAUUGCACGUCCAUCAGACGGCUGAAUUGGAGGACAGGCGCCAAUAGGGAGAAAUGAAGGAUGUGGGUGGCGAGGAAUGUGUGAGCCGGGGGAGCAGUGACGUGGAGGAGGAGAAGAGCAGGAAAUUAAGGAGAAGGAGGCAAAGGGUAGAAAAGAGGAAUGAAAGCUUCAGGUACAUUCAGCUCCAGAGCUAGAAACCCAUCCCGACCCCUUCAUACUCACACUGAGUCUCUGAUUCUCUGAGGCUGCAGCACCAUCUAGAGGCCAAGGCGGGCAACGUCACUGCCUUUGACGGCAUGACACAAUUCAACAUGGCCGCUCCCAUGCGGACGUGUUUUUGUGUAUUCCUGCUUGUGUGAAGAAGCAGAAGAACCAUGAGAGAAUUCAGAUGCCAUGGAUGCCAAAGAAAUGGUUCACUGUGCGCUGCAGAUCGAGAAAAUGACCUCGGACAGAAGCUACGGGAACAUCUGGACCCUCCUUGGUGACCUCGAUGAGUCGCAGGUCACGGCCGAGCAGCUGGAGGUGACGGACAUCGUCAGGGUUCUCUAUAGGCUGCUGAGAACCUGCUCGGACGACGGCGUGAGGAAGAAGGUCAAGAGCUUGUUGUCCAAGUGGAAAAGGCAAUACAGCAAAUGUAAAGGGGAGAGCCAGGAGGAUGGAGGGGGGUCCAGGCAGGAGGAGGAUCCCACCUGUGGUUCAGCACAGGCAGGUGAUGGCGGAGGGAGUGUGAAGGUUGAGGCAGAGCAAGAAGCAUCAUCCACAGUGGAACAACACAACCUCCAGACUCCCACUUCCUCUGCAUCCUCAUCUGUGAGAGACAAAUGUGCUCAGCUGCUCCUCGCCGCCCUGCACCCCGAGCCUCCUGAUCAGGAUGAGGCCGCACAGCUGGCCGGAGACAUCGAGCGUCACGUCCACGAGCUCCACAAACACAGCGAGGUCAAAUACAAAACCUGCGUGAGGAGCAAGGUAGCCAACCUGAGGAAUCCUAAAAAUGGCCACCUACGCCGGGGCCUCCUGAGCGGCUCCCUGACGCCCGAGGCCUUCGCCCGCAUGUCGGCGAAGGAGAUGGCGAGCGAUGAGCUGCGGCAGCUCAGGGAGGAGUACUCGUCUCGGGGUGUGAGCGAGAGGCAGCUUCCUCAGGUGUUAGAGGGGACGCAGACGCAGAAGAUUCGCUGCAAAAGGUGCGGGGGGUCGGACUGUAGUGUGACGCAGGUGUCCAGGGGUGCCCUGUUCCUGCCUGCGUGGGUGAGGCGUGGCGGCGCUGAUGAGGAUGCUAUGACUUUUGUGACCUGCAGUGCGUGCGGGCAGCAGUGGUACCACAGCGGCUGGGUCUGUCUCUAAAUCCAAGUCACGAUGUUUGGAUCCACGAAGGAGGCUACGUUUUCCUCUCCAGUUGUUUGUUAGUACGAUUACGCAAAUAAUACUCAACUGAUAAAUCGUAAUCUUGCUUAAAACAAGUAUUUUCUCUUCCACGCUGAAACACAAGUUGUGAAGCAUCAUGCAGCAUAUACAAGAAGUUUUUUAGGAUUUCUUUGCACGGCAGAAAUAGGAAAUGGUGAAAACCUUUAACUGGAGGCGUAAAAAAGCCAAGUCAGUGUUUAUUGCAGCCGCAGAUUGAAACCACAACUUUUCACGAGGCAGAUCUCAUCAUCUUCUUCUUCUCGCUGAAUCAUUUCCUGUAUCCUCCACUCGCUCUAAUUGCCCGUCAGCGUGUCUCUCAUUUACUUUUCCUGGCUUCCACAUGUUUUUUUAAGAAAGAACCACUAACAUUAACCUUUCUCCCUCGCUAAUGCAAGCGUUUAUUGAUCUGUAGGAGAAAGAAAAGUAUCCUGUUGCACUGAUUUGUAAGCCACUCGGGCUGUGAAUGCUGGGUAAAUUCUUCCGCCGACAAUAUCCCAUUCAUUUGGAGCCAACUGGAUUGUGCGGAUGAGACAUGUGACCUUAGAGAAGGAGCAUGUGAGUCAGUAAUCUGCCCCUCUGAGCCUCGGCCUCGGGGGUUGGAUACCCGUGGUCCCGCUGUGUGUGGAGGCAGUCGACGUGGCGCUGAGACUCGCUGACACGUCAGCGUGACAUCACGGCAAGGGGCCUGUGAGGCCGAGGGCCUGCAGUUUCAGAAAAUGUCUCUUUUUUUUUAAUAGAAAUAAAGCUUUCCUCAGUCAAA